AUGAAACACUAUAGAGAUUCUGUUAGUCCAGAGGUUAGACAAUUCAUUAAACAAUUUCAUAAUUAUUAGAAAGAGUAUAAACAAGAUAAAUAGACUACUACAGAGGAUAGCAACUAAUCAAUAAUUGAUGAAAGAUAAGAUGAUAUUAAUAUUAAAGAGAUGUUCCUCAAAUUACCAAAUGAAAUAGUAUAAGAAAAUGGAUAACCUUAUUUAAAAAUAUCAAAGACUCCAACUGUCUAUUCAAAUAAUAAUUCUAUUUCUAGUAUUGAUUAAGAUAGAUAUAUUGACAUUAUAGUAUAAAAAGUUGUAGAUGAAAUGGAAAAGAGAAAUUAUAAUAAAAGAUAACCUAUGUUAAGUAUUUAAUAAAAUACAGUUCAAGUCAAAAUAGCUCCCAAAAAUGAAUUAGAUUAUUUGGAUGAUGAUUCAUUCAUUCGUCAUAUGUAUUAUUAUAUAUAUUUAUUAGUCAAUAAACUCUAUUGAAUCCUCAUCAUACUCCAAAAAAAGUUCAUAAUUUUGAAAGUUUUGAUUAGAGAUAGAAACAAUUCUAAAUUUAACGAGAACAAAAAUUGUAGAAAUAAAGAGAAGCACAAUAACUCACUAAAUUAGUAGAUGAAUUUAAGUGUUACUUAAUUAGAACAAGAAAGACUGGAGGACUUUGAGA